AUGAAGCUGAACGAGCGGAGCCUGGCUUUUUAUGCCACCUGCGACUCCCCAGCCGACAACGCCGGCUUCCUCUACAAGCGCGGCGAGCGGCACACAGCAUACCAUCGCCGCUGGUUCGUGCUGAAGGGCAACAUGCUGUUCUACUUCGAGGAACGGGAGAGCCGGGAACCGGUGGGUGUCAUCGUGCUGGAGGGUUGCAAUGUGGAGGUCUGCGAGUCGGCCGAGGAAUUCGCUUUUGCCAUCCGCUUCAGUGGCACCAAGUCCCGCACCUACGUGCUGGCAGCUGAGAGCCAGGCUGCCAUGGAGUCGUGGAUGAAGUCGCUCUCGCGGGCCAGUUUCGACUACAUGCGCGUGGUGGUGCGGGAGCUGGAGAAGCAGCUGGAGGAGAUGCGCUUGGGGCCGACUGGUGGAUGCGGAGGCUGCCGGGAGUCAUCUGGCUCCUGGAAGAUGAAGCCUUCAGGUUCGGAGCGGUCCCCGGAGCGGCUGCUGGCUCUGCCUGCCGUCCUGCCGAAGGAGAACGGCUGCGCGGUGUGGAACAAUGUGCGGCAUCGUGCACCGACGAUGCUUUCGGAGGAGGAUUUUGACGGGAUCUCCCCCACCUGA